AUGAUAUCAUUAGAAAAUGCUCUUUUACGUGAUAUUAAAAAUUUAUCUAACGAAUCCGAAGGCUAUGACGUGGUGCUACAGGUUGGCCAACAUCCUGAAAUCGAUAGCUUUAGAGCGCACUUUUUAAUACUGCAUGCCAGAUCAUCUUAUUUUCGAUCGAUCUCGUCAUCCAAAAAAUGGGGUGAGGAAAAUGAAUUAGAACUCUCAGAAUUAACCGAAAAUAUGCAAGAGUAUCUUAUUUCUCAUGAAAUUGAUUGGAUCCGCAACAAUUUCUUUAAUAUCCUUCAAACAACCGCUAAAUCCAAAGCUUUUACAAGGCUUGAAAAUUUUUGUCAAGAAAUUUUCCGUACGAAUCAGGCCUCGAUUUUGACUUCAGAUGGUUUUCUUGAAUUGGAAGCAGACUUCUUAGUCUCCUUAUUCAAGAGAGACGACAUAGUUCUCGAUGAGAUUUUAAUCUGGGAAUCUGUUAUUCGUUGGGGAAUGGCACAAAUUAAAUUGAAUACGGAUGUAUCACAGUGGACCAAUCGAGAUUUUAUCAGAUUAAAAAAAACUGUUAAAAACCUAAUUCCACAUAUUAGAUUUUUCAAUAUUUCUGGAAUAGAUCAUAGAACAAGGGUUCGCCCAUACAAAAAAAUUCUUCCAAAAGCAUUAAAAGAAGAAAUUAAAGAUUAUUUUUUUGCCCAAGUUCCUCCAAAGAAAUUCUGUAAACUCCCACCACGUGCCAUUAAAAACGAAUCCAAUGGAUCAAUUGCUAAUAAUUCUGAUCAUGAGACCUUUACCUCCAUUGAUUCUAUUCUUAUGGAUACAAAUGG